AUGAUUUUGCAUUUCCGGGGGGGAGAGAACUGUUUGUAAACAAAACAGUUCUCUUCCCUGUCAGCUCCUGCACACUGCUUUGCAUGGCUGUGCAUAGCAGAGCCAUGCAAAGCAGUGUGCUUACAGUGAAGCAAGAACACAGCCCAGUAUGCAAAACAGCACACAACACACAGUUAACGCUUUGCUCGCCACACGUUAACCCCUUCCUGCCCAGUGCCAUUAGUACAGUGUCAGUGCUUUUUAUUAGCAGUGAUCACUGUAUUGGUGUCACGGGGAUGUCAGUGACAGCAAGUCAAUUCCCCCCAGUGUCAGAAUGCCUGCCACAGUCCUGC